CAUCCCGUUUACUUCUCUUUUCUAAAUUCAACAGUGAGCGCCAUUCUAGAUGAUAGUGUCUCAUCGCAGGGUGCUCUAAGCUAUGAUGCGCGUUGGGCUCAAGGUAAUGUACCCCAGACGGCACCCAUGGUUGGUGACGCUGGGCAUCCUUUUUCUUAUCACUCAUCCCUUCAUACUCGCAAUCGCAUUUUCCAUGUCACCGUCCACCGUUUACUUUUUUCUAAAUUCCACGGUGAGCGCUAUUCUAGAUGAUGGUAUCUCAUCACAGAGUCCUCUGAGCUAUGAUGCGCGUUGGACUCAAGGCAAUGAGUGUUAUUCUAGAUGAUAGUGUCUCAUCGCAGGGUCCUCUGAGCUAUGAUGCGCGUUGGGCUCAAGGUAAUGUACCCCAGACGGCACCCAUGGUUGGUGACGCUGGGCAUCCUUUUUCUUAUCACUUAUCGCUUUUUCAUACUCACCACUACCUAC